ACACAUCAAACGGCUAUAGGUGGAUGUGUUAUACAGGUAUACCCAUACGGAGAUAAUAGUUGACCAUGGGGGCCUGCCUUUCAAAAUACUUUUGUUUCGUUUACAUAUUCAAGAAUAAACACAUGUCAAGAGUAAGUAAGGAUAAGUAAUAGUAAACGUGUUUUUAUAUUUGAACAAAAAAAUCAUACUAUAACACUAGAGUCGAUAAGCUGUGGCAGCUGCUAUCUGGAAAAAGCACGUCCCCGCGACAAACUUCAACAACUGUGCGCGAGCCCGACCGGCUGGUACAAACGUCUCGUUUGAGCUCCAAGUGCAGCGCGAAUGUGGAUACAUCGAGCUAACGAAUGAAAAACGAUAAACGGAAUCAUUUGGUUAAUAACAUCUAGACAUCCAUUCAUUUCGCCAUAGUACGUUCUGGGACACUUCAUCUGAGGCGGAACGAAAGCGUAGCCGCCUGCUAGACUUGUGCUGCUUGACCAGCCCUCCUUCUUCAACCUGUAGUCCCUUAUAGCUAUUACAAAAGGGAACAGGACAAAAGAGGUCCUCACAUUUCAAGAGGAGAAGAAAGCCCUACUGAGGAAUCUUAUGGACGAAGAAAUGAGUCGCCAGACCGCCACCGCGCUGCCGACAGGAACCUCCAAGUGCCCCCCCUCCCAGCGCGUGCCCACCCUGUCGGGCACCACCGCCUCCAACAGUGACCUGGCCAGCUUGUUUGAGUGCCCCGUCUGCUUCGACUAUGUCCUGCCUCCAAUCCUGCAGUGCCAGUCGGGACACCUGGUGUGCUCCAACUGCCGGCCCAAGCUCACCUGCUGCCCCACGUGCCGGGGGCCCCUCGGCUCCAUCCGGAACCUGGCCAUGGAGAAGGUGGCCAACUCGGUGCUCUUCCCCUGCAAGUACGCGUCGUCGGGCUGCGAGGUCACGCUGCCGCACACGGACAAGGCGGAGCACGAGGAGCUGUGUGAGUUCCGGCCGUACUCCUGCCCCUGCCCGGGGGCCUCCUGCAAGUGGCAGGGCUCGCUGGACGCCGUCAUGCCCCACCUGAUGCACCAGCACAAAUCCAUCACCACGCUGCAGGGGGAAGACAUCGUGUUCCUGGCCACGGACAUCAACCUGCCCGGCGCCGUGGACUGGGUGAUGAUGCAGUCGUGUUUCGGCUUCCACUUCAUGCUGGUGCUGGAGAAGCAGGAGAAGUACGACGGCCACCAGCAGUUCUUCGCCAUCGUGCAGCUCAUCGGCACGCGCAAGCAGGCCGAGAACUUCGCCUACCGCCUGGAGCUCAACGGGCACCGGCGCCGGCUCACGUGGGAGGCCACGCCGCGCUCCAUCCACGAGGGCAUCGCCACGGCCAUCAUGAACAGCGACUGCCUGGUGUUUGACACGUCGAUCGCACAACUGUUUGCGGAGAACGGGAACCUGGGCAUCAACGUCACCAUAUCCAUGUGCUGAGGGACCUCCGGCGGCGCCAUCCGACCCCCCCCCCCCCCCCCAUUCCCGGGAAACGGGGGGGGGUGAACGGUUGCAGUUAUAACAAAAAUAAAUAAUUUGUUACUUACGUUCUGAGUAAACUGAAAGGGUGACCUCCUACCCUAGUCCCACACCCCCUCGCCCCCCCCCCCCCCCCCCUCCCCAACACCCCCUGGAGACAGAAGGACGGGGCCCAAGUGGACUGUCUGAUGGGCAGCCACGGGGGGGACGCCGGGGGUGGAAUGUACGGACGUAUGGACGGAGCAUCCGUUGAACGGACACGCCUGGGUUCAACUGUGUAGUGGCGGAUAGACUUGUACCCAUCUCCGUUACACACCGCGCACACGUGCAGUAUCUUUAUAGUUCAUUAUUGUUUCUCUCUCGCUGUAGUUCAUCCAGUCUUGGUUCUCGCUCUCGUUCUCUCUCUCGUUCUCUCUCUCGUUUUCUCUCUUGUCUCUCGUUUUGUUACAAACACAAAAAAAAAAGUUUGCAUUGUGGUAUCUCGUUUCAAAGAUGAUCACCUCCUGUUAUUGUUUUUUGUUUGUCAGCCUCACCUUCCAGACGAAAACACGCACACACACGCUCCCAACAUCUCUGAAGAGCUGAACCUUUAACUAAGCGGAACUGUUAUUUGUUUCUUUCAGGGCACGGGUUCUGCUCGCUGGUCACUAGCACCCUGAGCAUGGCUUUAUGUAUAUUCUACCAUGGACACUUGGUCAGUACUAUGUGGCUAGUUAUUUAGCUAGCUGACCAGCCACCUGGACUAGCCUCGCUCUGCAUUUGGAAGUCAACCUCUGUUGGAUCUUCUAAACACUAACAGCCAAUGGCUCCGACGGGUGGAGCUGAACGAGUACUGUUAAUUUUCCUCCUUCGGGAUCCGUUAAGUCCUGACCAUGGCUGCCUAUUGGUUAAUAAAGGAACACGAGCCUUCAGUUGCUGUGGAGCAGUUUGAUCGCAGAAGGAGUAGUGUAAACACAACGAGUUGUAGUCUACCUUCUGGUAGAGCCAUAGGUGGGGAUAGCCAAAGACCCUCAAUACUGUACUGGAUAAGGCUCUUAAACUAGGAUGCGUGGUAAGGAAAGGUUGUUUACCGUGCCUAUGUUGUGAAAAUAGCUCGGAUGAGGUCCUUAAAGAUGUAGCCUCCUCCGUUUUGAGCAAUGUAACCCAAGCAUCAGCGGUGGUCAAUCAUAGGAAGCUCCUGGGUCAACUGACAUCCUUGGAAAGAAUUGAGGAUUACAGACUCUUGCCACUGUGUAAAGUUUUCAGAAUGCCAGGGACUUGUUGGAAGGUUUGGGCUGGCAAUUAGUGUCUAAUUCCAAAGCCAGACACGGAUACAUGCGCAUAAGCACCAGUUCAUCGUGUUUUCACGCAUACAUGGACACGCAUACAGACCUACUCAAGCCUGUGCUAAUGUUGUGACUGCGGGGCUAAGCAGGCUGAGCUAUUGGUGGAAUCGUGAGUGUCAACCCAUUUUGACUUAAGGGUCAAUAAAUUAAGCUUUGUUCUGUUUGUACCCUUUUAAGUAAGGAAGAAAAACUGCAUUUCGGUUUUGUCAAAUUGAAACUGGUUUUACUCCUUGACAUUUUCUUUGUGUGUGCGUGUUUGAGAGAGAUAUCUUACCCUUUUUUUUUUCUUUUUUUUUUUUACAAUCCCAUUUCACUCACUGUCCAUCUAGCCUCACCGAUUACGAUCUCUGAAAAACUGACUGAUGGAUCCUGUCCCCACCUAAGACCAAGGGACAGCUUCUACCGUUACAAUGUUGCUAUUGUUAUUAUAUUGUUAUUAAAUGGAGAUUGUUAUUAUCAUAAUUAUCAUUUUUGUAAUGACUCUAAAAAUGGAAAAGGCAGUUUUAAAAACUCGUGGCUAAACUUCAAGUGUUUUUAGUUGAAAAACAAGUUGUGAUGUUCUUCUGAAGGUGGUUUUCCAAGUUGAAUAGUUUAUCAUUUCCCCUUUUGUCUUUGUCCGUUUGUCUGUCCUUAUUUUUGUUAAUCUUUUUUUUCUUUUUGUUUGUUGUGUUUGAAGAGGGGGGAGGGGUCAAGCCAAUCGUCUCUCCUUCGCUCUUCAAUGUGGAGUCUGCUGCUCUCCCUUAACUCCUGUAUUUUUGUUUUUAUUUGAUUCCGUUUUAAGUUGUCAUUAAAUAAAUCUAUCUUUUUCAUA